CUCUCAGGUGCGUCAUCGGUGAUCAGUAACGAUGAUGACUCGGCCUCUCCUCUCCACCACGUGUCCAAUGGCAGUAACACUCCGUCCUCCUCUGAGAUGGGCCUAGACGCGGUCAUCAUCGGCAUGACCAAGAUCCCCGUUAUCGAGAACCCUCAGUACUUCCGCAGCAACAGCAUGCUCAAAUCAGACACCUUUGUCCAGCACAUCAAGAGACACAACAUAGUGCUGAAGAGGGAGUUGGGAGAGGGGGCGUUUGGGAAGGUUUUCCUGGCCGAGUGCUAUAACCUGUCUCCUGAGCUCGAAAAGAUCCUGGUAGCCGUCAAGACCCUGAAAGAGGCUAGUGAGAAUGCAAGGAAGGACUUCCACCGGGAGGCCGAGUUGCUGACCAACCUGCAGCACCAGCACAUUGUCACGUUCUACGGUGUGUGUGUGGAGAGCGACCCCCUCAUCAUGGUUUUUGAGUAUAUGAAGCACGGGGACCUCAACAAGUUCCUCAGGGCUCACGGUCCCGACUCCGUGAUGAUGGGUGACGGUCCGACCAAUAGGCCCGUGGUGUUGACCCAGUCCCAGAUGCUGCACAUCGCCCAGCAGAUUGCUGCAGGCAUGGUCUACCUGGCCUCCCAGCACUUUGUCCACCGAGACCUGGCCACACGUAACUGUCUGGUGGGAGAGAACCUGCUGGUGAAGAUCGGUGACUUCGGCAUGUCCCGAGACGUGUACAGCACGGACUACUACAGGGUGGGCGGUCACACCAUGCUGCCCAUCCGCUGGAUGCCUCCAGAGAGCAUCAUGUACAGGAAGUUCACCACGGAGAGUGACGUGUGGAGUCUGGGCGUGGUCCUCUGGGAGAUCUUCACCUACGGCAAACAGCCCUGGUACCAGCUCUCCAACAACGAGGUGAUUGAGUGUAUUACACAGGGGCGUGUCCUGCAGCGGCCUCGCACCUGUCCCAAAGAGGUGUACGACCUGAUGCUGGGGUGCUGGCAGAGGGAACCCCACAUGAGACACCACAUCAAGGAUAUCCACAGCUUACUGCUCAACCUAGCCAAGGCCUCUCCUGUCUACCUGGACAUCCUCGGCUGAGAGUGUGUGUGAGUGUGUGUGUGUGCAUGGUUGAGUGUGUGUUUGAAGCUACGAUCAAACUCUUUAAGGCAAUCAGAAGAUUCCCCAACUAUUCCCUUGUGCCCUACCCUCUCUCCCUCCCUCCCUCCCUCCCUCAUUCUCUCUCUCUCAUACUUUCUUCCUACUUCUACUCUGUCAUGCAUCUCUUUACCCAACAUCUAUUUUCUUCCUGCUCAAAAGACAUUAAGAAUGGUUUGCAGUGGGAAGGCUUCUCCCAUUUCUUCAAAGGCUUUUUAACUGCGCCUAAAUGGUCUACUGUAAAUGGCUAAGAGGGCUGUACUAUAGUAUAUACGAGCAGGCAGUGGGAGGUGCCAUUUGGUCCAAUUGGUUUCUGGAAACUCCAUCCUUCUGUAAAUAAAACCCCUGGAGUCCAGAAGAGGCGCCUCCACUGCAGAUGGGUGAUUUCUUCUCUGUACAUACCGGACAUACAGCUACCAGACCCCAGCGAUAACCUGAAAAGACUUGAGACGCAUUGCUCCAUCUGAGGAGACAUAGAAGCAACCAGACUAUUAUCUCCCCUCAUGUCAACAAGGCAUGACAUAAGACAUUUCCCCUCAUGCUGACAAACAACAACAAAUGAAAUGCUAUAACUAAGUGGUAUUCAAAGUCAGGGCAACAAAUGGGGUGUUGGGGGGGACCAAAAAAUUAAGAGCACAGAUUAUUGUAUGGGACAAUAUAAGAUCAUUUGAAAAACAACAUUUUACUCAGUAUAUUUAUUAAUUUGUUUCUUUUCAUUUUGGUAAGAGAUGAAAAUGCAAUGAAUUUAAUGUUAAUUGUGAAUGUAAAAAUUCUAUGAUUUUAAGGUUGUGUCAUAAAAUUUUGGGUGGGGUCAUGAGAAAUUCUUGUGGGGAAAAAUGGGAUCCUCAUAAAUUCUGAUGGAAAAAAUUGGGUCCCCACUAAAAAAGUUCUAACUGAGAAAGAGAGUUUGGGCGGGGUCUGUGUGAGAUGGUCCUUACAUUGUUAGUGGUGAGGAUCUCCGUUUAGGCGUGGUUGGGUCAACUGUGGUAGAAUCAUGACACACACACACACAUCUCCACCCCCUACUACAUAAACACUCAAAAGGCUUCUGAAGGAAAUUUAAUUGUGCAUGUUUUAUUAUUUUAGUCCCGCCAACGGGGCUUCAGCCACGCAGCCCCAGCCCUUGUCAGUAAUGGUGUAAUGUAUAUUUCAUUAAGGAGCUCAUGUUGGCCAUUAGCACAGUCUCCCCUCAGACAUGUAAGACAUUGUUUUAUGGGAGGGAAAGGAGAUGAGGAAGUGGGGAGAAGGAGAGAGAGACAGCGAGAUAGAGAAGAGUGAAGAGGGAGAGGACGAGGCCUGAAUGUCUGCAGGGAAAUAGAGAGAUAACAUCCAUCAUAGUGCGGUCUGGACGGUUUUAGAACCCACUGCUCUUUACUUCACACACCUCGCAUUUCUAUGGGCUCCUCAACCCCCCCUCCCCCACACAUACACACACACAGCAUUUUAUUGGUUUGGUCAUAUGCUCAUUGCUAUUUGUUUUGUUCUAUUUAUCAUUUUUGAUAUAUACUCUAUGUUCACCAUACCCAUUUUGUAUUUCAUUUUCCAGUUUUCUGAUUCAAAUCUUCUGAGGUCUAAGUCAAUUCUUUGGUCUGAAUCGAGGUCUGAAUCAAAUUCAAAGUGAGUUUCUUAUGCUGACAGUAUUGAGUGUGUAUGUGUGCAUCCAUAAUUGUGCACUACUUUUUACCAGGACCCGUAUUGGGCUUUGGUCAAAAGUAGUGCACUAUAUAGGGAAUAGGGUGUUAUUUUAGACAUAGACUGUGUGUGGCUGUUUGAGUCCUUGCACACAGUCACUGUUGAAUUUUCCUGCCUGCCACAUGAUACACACAGUAGGUCCAAUAAAUAUCAUCCAUUCCACAAAGACAAUGGAUAUCCGUCUGUACCAGAGCAAAUGGAACAAUGCUAUACAGGUAUUCAACAUUGGUCAUACAAUGAUGUUGUGCAUUACAAAGCAGUAUUGUGUGCAUGGGCCUUCGGUGUGGGUGUAGUUGGCAGUGAGAGAACUGCCAGUGUGAGAAAGAGCACUGUGUGAAUACGAAUGUGCCAUCGAACUAAGGAACCACUCUUAAUGCUCUGUGUGGAUCUAUCCUACAUGAACUGGCUAAAGUCGGACAUGGUAAUGGUUGCUAAUGAGGGAAGAAGCUUAUCAAAGGACUGCAAUGGAAGACAUUUCUAUGUAACUCUCUUCCAUCACAAUGGACCCAGUCUGAGUCUACUGUACAUCCUGGUCCAGUUACUGUUACUAAUGGAACCUUCCCAGAAUCCUCUCUGUUGUAGGGUCCAAUUACCGAUAUGCUCUAGGCAAUGGGCGGCACCAAUCGCAGUGCUAUUGAUCUCUUUGGUCAGAAAUUGAAAUCUCAAAAGGAACUGACAAUCACAACCCUCAACAAGUGACCUGUUGCAUAGUUACAAACCUCCUCUAGUUACAAAUCUCUUUUAGUUACAACCUCAUCCAUGCUGUGUACGUGAUAGUCCUAAACAUUGGUCUUUAGCUGUGAUAUACCAUAUUACUUUUCUUAAAUACAAGAGGGCAAAAUGAACAAAACUGUAUAAAUGUUAAAACCCCCUCAGACUGUCACUCUUUAGAUUGGAAUCUUCUUUGUCUGACAAGGACAAGAGAGAUGGACAGUUGCCAUUGGCCACAUAACAAUGUCUUCUGUUUCACGGAUAUACAGUAUUUUGCUUGCAAACAAAACUAUACAGCCCCAUAUAACCCUAUACAACGUCACACAUCCCUAUCCAACCCCAUAAAACCUUAUCCAACCCCAUAUAUCCCUAUCCAACCCCAUACAUCCCUAUCCAACCCCAUACAAACCCAUAUAUCCCUAACCAACUCUAUCCAACCCCAUACAUCCCUAUACAACCCCAUACAUCCCUAUCCAACCCUAUACAAACCCAUAUAUCCCUAUCCAACUCUAUCCAACCCCAUACAUCCCUAUACAUCCCUAUCCAACCCCAUACAUCCCUAUUCAACCCCAUACAUCUCUAUUACAACCCCAUACAUCCCUAUCCAACCCCAUACAACCCUAUACAACCCCAUA